UCCAGAGGAAUAUUGUCCUUCAGACCGCUGCCAAAACGGAGGAAUGUGCAGUCGAUCUGGAGAUUUUCCCGAUUUUGUGUACUCCUGCGAGUGCGCAAGUGAUUUCACAGGAAGUGUUUGUGAUGACAAUGUUCCUAGCGGCGAUGGAGGCGUCAUAGCCAUAGUCGUUACGGUGUUUGUGCUCGUUAUCUGCUGCGUAGUUUUCAUGUUAUGUGUCUGCUGCUGCUACUUGGCGAGGCGCACAGACUGGAUGUACGCUGACACACCACGUGGCGUCCGGAAUCAGACACAGAGAUGGGAGUACAAUAGAGGACCGUAUUUCUCCUUUCCUUCUGUGGUUCCACGACGUGCUUUCGUUGGGAGAAUGAGACAGGCUGAGGACACAGUGGACAACGAUGCACGAAUAUUCUACGAGAACUAUGACAGCAAUGACAAUAUGCGCAACUCUCACACGCCGUACAUCAUACCCGGGCCUGCACUGAUGUGGAAAAUGGAUCACGAUUUCAAACAUCCCGACUUUUACUACUAAUAUGGUUCUGCUGGAAAUUACUCUUACAGUAAUUGGAGGUAUUACUACCGGUAUACUUUCUUGUAUGUAACGUUUUAUAUGUGCGAUUAUAUAAACUAAAGUGAUGUUCACGUAAAUUCAUGUUAGUUAGAUUUAUUGUAACCGAAUUAUAUUAACGGAAUAUAAGUAUUUGGGGUAGUUAAACGGUUUGAUGUAAACAAUUAGAGGGAAUAUAAUUAUAUAACUGAGGAUAAGCAGAAUUAAAUCUAAUGUUAUCCGGAACAAUAUCUCACACUUAAGGUUCAUAUCGAGAUGAGACACAUGUGUGUAAUAUGUACCUGUUAAGUGUACAAUAUAUAAUAAUAUGUACGUGUUAUUUUGUGCAUUGGUGAUUGGUUUUUACGUAGUUUAUAUGUAUUGGGUAUAAAAUUAUAAAUAUUUUUAAUCAUAAAUGGUUGCUGCUAUACACGUUUGCAGCUGAAAUGGUUGAAUGGUGUUUGAAUAGUUCAUACUGCUGUAACUCGACAAUACGAAGUGAUUAUUUUAUUUUGACAAAUGUGUUCACUUUCAAUCAUGCUUUGAAGCAAUUUUUGCUAGUCUCUUACCGCGUCCCUAAUUCAAGUAUGAUACAUUUACGUGUGUGUGAAUUUGACGCCUUAACACCGGAAACAGUAUACAUGUAUUCCACAACUAUGUAUUUGGACUUAUGGUGUUUUGAAAAAUGUUUGACUUUCUGUUAUCUUUCUUUGCAAUGAAAUGUAUAUAUAGACACUAGCUAUAUUUUUAGGCGAGCCAUCAGAUAACAGACC